AUGAAGAAGCACUCGGCUCGGGUGGCUCCACUCAGCUCGUACAGCACCCAAGUCCUGACCUGCCCUGUGGCCGAAGGAGAGGAUGGCUCUGAGUCCCACGCGGACUCUCCUGGCAGCGAGGCCAGUGAGGACAGCCGCUCGUACCACACAUGCACCAGCACCCUCCUGAAGGUGCUGGGGGGCCUGCUGGUGGUCCUGUGCCUCUCCUCCUCCUGGGUGGGCACCACACAGGUCAUAAAGCUCACCUACCACUCCUUCUCCUGUCCCUUCUUCAUCUCCUGGUUCAGCAGCAACUGGAACAUCCUCUUCUUCCCCAUCUACUACUCUGUGCAUGUGCUCACCACGCGGGACAAGCAGACGCCCAUCCAGAAGUUCAGAGAGUGCAGUAAGCUGUUCGGAGAGGACGGCAUGACCCUGAAGCAGUUUGUGAAGCGGACCGCCCCCUUCUCCAUCCUGUGGACACUGACAAACUACCUGUACCUACUGGCCCUCAAGAAGCUCACCGCCACCGACGUGUCCGCCCUCUACUGCUGCCACAAGGCCUUCGUCUUCCUGCUGUCCUGGAUCGUGCUCAAGGACCGCUUCAUGGGAGUGCGGAUUGUGGCUGCGAUUAUGGCCAUCACUGGGAUUGUCAUGAUGGCCUAUGCUGACGGUUUCCAUGGAGACUCCUUUGUGGGCGUGGCCUUGGCGGUGGGCUCUGCAUCCACAUCGGCUCUGUACAAGGUGCUGUUUAAGAUGUUCCUGGGCAGUGCAAACCUGGGCGAGGUGGCUCACUUCCUCUCCACGAUGGGCGUUUUUAACCUGCUCUUCAUCUCGUGCGUGCCUCUUAUCCUCUACCUGACGCGGGUGGAGCACUGGGGGUCUCUGUCCUCGCUGCCCUGGGGAUACCUCUGUGGACUGGCCGGACUCUGGCUCGUGUUUAACAUCCUGGUGCAUGUGGGCGUGGUGCUCACUUACCCCAUCCUCAUCUCCAUCGGGACCCUGCUCAGUGUGCCUGGGAAUGCAGCCGUGGACGUGCUGAAACACGAGGUGAUCUUCAGUGUGGUGCGUCUGGCUGCUUCAUGCAUCAUCUGCCUGGGCUUCCUACUGCUGCUGCUGCCAGAGGAGUGGGACUCGGCCACACUGCGCUUCCUGUCCAACCUCGCAGAUAAGAAGUCUGAGGAUCACGGAGAAGAACUGACUGAGUCCAGUGUGAAUGGCCGGAGCAGAAGCCGGGCCAACGGGGUGGUGUCGAUCCCUCUGGUAUGA